CUAAGUACAUGGUAAUAGGACAGAGUGCUAGCGGAUUCCUGGUUGUUUCUGACAAAAUUGUGGUUUUAGCUCCAUCAAUAUUUGUUAUCGAACCAGGAAUUGAACAAAUCUACGCUAUGAAUAGUGCCAUAAGUUCCGACAAGUUAAUUUCUUUAUGACAUUUUCGAAAUUCGUAAAUUUGAUUUCUAUGUUAUUGUGUCGUGUUAAUAAUUGCUGCCACUGCUUUGUUUAAAAUUCCUGGAUAACUCUAGGAUAAUCUCUUAUGCAGUGUAUGAUGGGCCCCUUUGCAAAAAGAAUGUUCCAACUCCUUAUCAUUGCGUUCGUGAUUCUGCAGACUUAUCAAGACGAGGUUCAUGCGAAAGAUUUCACCGAGUUUGUGAAGCAAUCUAAUAAUUUCGCAAUCCAACUGUACAGACAAGUAAAUGCAAAAAGAAAUGUAGUAAUUUCGCCAUUUUCCAUCAGUGCUUGUCUUUCACUUAUCGCCAUGGGUGCAGAUGGAGAUACUGUUGAUGAAAUUUUUCGAGUCUUGCGAUAUUGGAAGCCUGAUCCGAGGCAACAGGUGGCCGAAACUUACGCACGACUCAAUAAGGUUCUCGAAAACGAUAAAACCACGACCGUAGCCAAUAAGGUGUAUGUAAAGGCGGGAUACGAAGUGCAACCUUCCUUCAAUGAUGUAGCCAUUCGCAGCUUCCAGUCAGAAACACAAGAGCUGAAUUUUACUGACAACGUGGCGGCUGCGAACACGAUCAAUGAUUGGGUGGCAUUGAAGACGAAAAAGAAAAUCAAGGAUUUUAUUUCUCCUUCUGCGCUGGACGGUGUGACUGGCAUAGUUUUGAUAAAUGCAGUACAUUUCAUGGGUAGUUGGAUGUACCAGCUUGAUCAGUCCAACAAUUUUUCGCUUCCAUUCUGGAUAAGUACUACAGAAUCACGAAAUAUCCCAAUGAUGACCUUUUAUGCUUACAAAAACUUUGCGGAUAAAGGAUUCAGCUCAAUAGAAAUACCGUACAAAAACAGUAGCGCGUCCAUGCUGGUGUUGCUACCAAACGAUCGAGAUCCUUUGGAGGCAUUGGAGAAACAAUUUUCUAGCCUAGUUGAAGACACUUCGCAAAUGUUGGAAAAAAAGAUCCGAGUUUUCUUACCAAAAUUUAAGACCAAAUUCUCGAUCGAUGUUCAAGACGAUUUGACUGCGCUUGGCAUGGAACGAAUGUUUAGUCAUUAUGCCGACUUUUCCAAUUUAUUUGAAACAGGAGAGCGGCUUAAGGUAUCAAAAGUCAUCCAUAGGGGAUUCAUGAAGGUGGAUGAAAAAGGCACCGAGGCGGCAGCUGCUUCAAUUGUUGAACUGGUUUUAACUUCGAGCAAGCAACCUUCAAAAUCCAAAGCAGAUUAUCCAUUUGUUUAUGGCAUGCUGCCGUGAGUGAAGAAUGUCUACUUUAAUGGAAAAGUGUCGAAUCCGACCUAAAACGACCUGAGAGUUGACUCUAAAGUAUUCAAUACUAUAGAUUAUUUAGAAAUAUGAUUGUAUAAGAGAUCGAAAUCAUGGCGUAAGCUUGUAAUCCAGCCUAAUAUUACUCCUAUCGAAUUGGAAAUGUUUUUAAAAUUUAUGUAUUAAAAAUAAAUACACAAGGUGUGCUGUGCUGUGUGCUACAUGCUAUGUAAAGUAAUGCCAAUAAAUGUGUAUUUUUUUAAGUUAAGAAAUAGGGGAACAAAAUUAUUAAUUGUAUGAUAGUGUUAUAAAAAUCAAGAUGAUCGCUAGUGUGAAUGAAUGGAAUUUAUUCAAUAUGUCGUACAGUAAAUCAAGCAGACCUUUUAA